AUGUCUUCAUCACAAAACAAUAACUCGCUGCGUAAUUCUUCAUCCAUGAUGAUGAACGGAAUGAAUCAGCAAAAGAUGGGCAAUAAUAAUAAUACAAGUAGAUCGCAACAUCCUAAUCAACAUUAUGAUCAUUUUGCGAGAGAGGUACUACAACGUGUAAUUUCGGAUACAUGUAGAUAUUAUGGAUUUCAUGCUAUUAAAAGUAGUACAAGUGAUUUUUUAAUUGAUUUGGUGCAAAUGUUUAUUCAAAAAAUUGCCACAACAAGUGUAAUGUAUAGUAGUCAUUGUGGAAGAACAGAACCAAAUGUAUUUGAUGUUGAAAAAUCAUUAAAUCAUCAUAUGGGCUUGGAUAUUAACGAUUUAUUAUCUUUCUUUUACAUUUUACAAGAUAAAUCUGAAGAAAAUUCUGUUGAUUUGUCAACAUUUGAAUUUGACAUUCCUGAUAUUCCUAAAGCACCACUUUCAAGUUUAAUGUCAUGUCCACAAACUCAUUUCCAUUUACUCUAUAAAAACAAAGCAAAAUCACUUUUAUUUAUUGAUGAAGAAGAGGAAGAAGAACAUGAAAGACAAAUUAAAUUAAUUGAACAACAAAAACCAACAUUUCUACCAGCUUUACCACCUAAACAUACAUUUAGAUUUACUCCUAUUAUGAAUAAGAGAACAAGAGAUCAAUAUAGAAUUCAAUUAGAAAAGACAAGACAAAGAAGACAUAUUGAAGAAUCUUUAACAAGACUUCAUGAAGCUGAAUUGAAACAAGUUCGUGAUUUAUUAGAAUUGAAUGAAGUAAAUGGAGAAAAUGCAUCACAACAAUUGGAACAAUUAAUUAAAACCAAGAAAAAGACAAUUGUCCAAAAGAAUGAUGUUUUAUUACAUCUUGAAAAGAAACCAACUACAAAUGUAUUAACUCAAAAGAAGAAGGAAGAACAAGCAAUUCAACAAUCUAUUACAGAAGAUGAUGAGGAACCUGUUGAAGAGGUUGCUGUAGAGGAUAACAUUCAAACAAUUGUUAAUCCAUAUUUACAAAUUGAAAAACAAAGAGUUUCAUUGGCAGUUCAAAGAAAUGUUACAAACAGUUCAUCAAAUCCUCAUAAUGUCACAAGGUUGACCAAUAUUCUAACAACACCUAAAAAGAGCACAACUAUUAAGAAACCUUUUAUUUCACUUAUUACAAGAGAUGACAGUGCAGAAGUUCAAGCAAAUAAUUUAAUGAAAAGUGGUGCUAUUGCUAAUACUACUCAAACAUUAUCAACAAUAUCAAAUGAUGAUGGUUAUAUUGAUAAUGCUCAAAUAACUCCAAAACAAAAAAAGAAUUCCAUAAUGGAAACAUCUAUUGGAGGUUCAAUCAACAGAUCUGCUUCAUCAUCUGUUUUGAAUGAUUCAACUUUAAUGCCACCACCUUCUUCUCUUCCUCCUCAAUUUGCACCUCCAACCUUCCUCUCUAGUCUUAUGGGUUCAAAUACUGCUGUAAAUAAUGAAGUUAUUGAACCAAUCAUUAGUAAUAAUCAACCAAUGUUAAAUAUUGGAAGUUCUAUUGCCCCUCCUCCCUCAUCUGAUUUUGAAGAGGAUGAAUUUGAAGAAGUUGAAAUUGAUGAACCAAAUUCUAAAAAGUUGAAAUUUUAA